AUGAAGAGGGAUAUGUUCAAUCGGUUCCUCUUGUUUUUGCUAGUGAUCCUCUUAUAUCCAUGUCUGUUCCAUUCACAUUCUCUACACCUAAAUUCCACACCCAUUACUUUCUCUGUCUGCCUCCCUCACCAAAGCUCUAUUUUACUCCAACUUAAAACUGAGUUUACAUUUCAAAGGCGUGAAUACUAUGAUGAUAUUUUGAAUAACAGCUAUCCAAAGAUGAAAUCUUGGAAGGCUGGCAGUGACUGCUGUUCUUCUUGGGAUGGUGUCUCAUGCGAUAUGGCAACUGGUUAUGUAAUGAGCCUUGACCUCAGCAUGAGUUGGCUUCAUGGGCCUCUGCAUUCUAACAGCAGCCUUUUCAGAUUGCUUCAUCUUCACGAGCUCAACCUUUCCUUCAACAACUUCACUUCUUGCCCGAUUCCUUCGGAGUUUGGCCAACUUUCAAGGUUAACUCAUCUCAACCUCUCUCAUUCUGUGUUUUCUGGGCAUAUUCCAAUAUCUGAAAUUUCAAGGCUUACAAAUUUGAUUUCACUUGAUCUUUCUUACUAUUUCUAUGAAUUGGACGGUAAUGAUCUUACUGGUGCUUUGCAUAUGAAAGAAGGAGAGGUGGGAAGGCUUACCCAAAACAUGACCAAUUUAAGACGAAUUUACCUUGAUUCGGUGCAAAUUGAUUCACAUGUACCUGUAGACUUUGCAAAUUUAUCUUCCUUGACACAUCUCUCUUUUUGGAGAUGCAAUUUGCUUGGAAAAGUACCAAAUUCGAUUGGCAACCUUAAAUCCUUGAAUAUUUUGAUUCUUCAGUACUGUAGUUUUUCUGGGAUUAUUCCUUCUUCGAUUGGGAAUCUUACUGAACUUAAACAUCUUUACCUUGAGAGUAAUGGAUUUAGCGGUCAAAUUUCAUAUUCAUUUGGAAACCUCACACAAUUGGAAGAUUUGAUUCUUUCAAGUAAUUCUUUCAGUGGCAAACUCCCAAUGUCACUCCCACAUCGUGUCAAAUCUAUCGAUUUUAGGGACAAUGAUCUGACAGGUUCAAUUCCAUCUGAUAUUUCUAACUUGACAUUCCUUGAGUGGCUUGACCUGUCAAAUAAUUCAUUCACUGAAGUCAUUCCUGGUUCUUUAUUUAAACUACCUUCUUUGACAUGCUUAUCUUUGGAAAACAAUCAGUUUACAGGCUAUCUCAACAUCCAAAACGUCUCUAAUUCAUCCCAAUUAGAAUCUCUGAUAUUAAGUGGAAACAACUUAACUGGACAUAUUCCAAGUUCAGUGUCCAAAUUCACAAUGCUUUCCUAUCUUAACCUUGAUUCAAAUGAUUUUAGUGGCAGACUCGAUUUUGGCAUCUUCUUAGAGAAGAGUUCGCUUUCUUCUCUGGUUCUUUCAAAUAACAGAGGCUUAUUUAUAACAAAUUUAAGUACAACAUCCACUCUCUCCAAUCAAUUUCAGGGAAUAUAUUUAUCCUCUUGCAACAUCAAAGAGUUCCCUAUAUUCCUGAAAACACAAGGUAAAUUGGAGGCAUUAGAUCUUUCCAACAAUAAUAUCAGCAAUCCAAUUCCCAGAUGGUUGUUGAGCAUUGGGACAGAGACCUUGUAUAACUUGAAUCUUUCUCACAACUUCAUUCACGGUUGGGAAAAAGCUCCGUUAAUUCUUCCGUGGAAGGUAAUGGAUACACUUGACCUACAUUCAAACAUGUUGCAUGGAUCACUUGUUGUUCCACCAAUGUCCACAACAUACUUUUCCAUCUCAGAAAAUAGUUUGGUUGGAAGAAUUGAUCCACUGUUUUGUAAAUUGAGGGAUCUUAGAUAUCUUGAUUUGUCAAGUAACAAUUUGAGCGGUACUAUUCCUCAAUGUUUGGGAAACUUCAGUAGCUCUCUCUUGGUUCUAAAUCUAAGAGGAAACAACUUGAACGGCAACAUGCCUAGCUCAUGUGGGGAUGGGAACCAAUUACAAACAUUGGACUUGAGCUACAACAAUUUACAUGGAAAGAUUCCACAGUCUCUAAUCAAAUGCAAAGAGCUGCAGAUUCUAAAUCUCGGCCACAAUCAAAUGACUGACACAUUUCCUUUUAUGGUACAGAGUUUUUCGAAGCUUCAAGUUCUCAUUUUAUCUUCCAAUAAAUUUUAUGGUCCAAUAUGGCAUCCACAUAGUUUUUUUGGCUUUGUGAACUUAUAUAUCAUUGAUCUGUCCUUCAAUGAUUUUACUGGAAGUUUACUGUCGCAAUACUUUCAAAAUUGGACUUCAAUGGAAGAAACUUCAUAUAAUAAGUCACAAUUGAAGUACAUUGGUGAGGGAUCAUAUAGCUACUCUGUUACCGUAGUAAAUAAGGGACAAAAUUUGCUUUACAUUAGAAUUUUUACUUUCUUCAUGUGCAUUGAUUUCUCAAACAACAAAUUCCAUGGAGAAAUUCCAAGGACAAUAGGGGAUCUUCAAACUUUAGUCGUGCUCAACUUGUCAAGUAAUAAUUUUACAGGACCCAUUCCACCAUCUUUAGAGAAUCUGAUUAAGCUUGAAUCCUUAGAUCUCUCUAAAAAUAAGCUUUCUGGUCAAAUCCCUCAGCAGUUUACUAGACUCACAUUUCUUGAAUAUUUGAACCUCUCUGAUAAUGAACUUGUGGGUCCAAUACCUCAAGCUGGACAAAUUGGUACAUUUGAAAAUUCUUCCUUUGAGGGAAACUGGGGAUUAUGUGGUCCUCCAUUGUCAAAAAAGUGUGGAACCUCUCCUUUACCACCUCAUGACAAUGAGAAAUCAGGUGAUUCAAUAUUAUCUGGUUUUGGUUGGGAAGCUGUUGGGAUAGGAUAUGGAUGCGGACUCAUAAUUGGAUUGAUGCCCGGAUAUAUCAUCACCUCAAGGAGCCCAUACUUGGCGUUCAAGAUUUUUCGUGUGAUCCCACCAAGAAGACUAAGAGGAGUAAACAGUUGUAAGCGCUUUAAGUUAAAGUAG